CUCGCAUGAUGAAGUCUUUACUCUGGAGCCUCUGGUACUGCACUUCACUGCUGCUGUCUGAUGUUCUUGCCACAUAUCACCUCAGUGCAGGAGAUCCUCAGGUGAGAGCUGCACAAAGCUAUGCACAAACCAGAAAUAAUAGCCGACCACCACCCAGGACCCUGAAUCCAUCAAAGACAGACUCUCAGUGCAGGAGCCAUCCUAUGGACCUGGUCUUCAUCAUUGACAGCUCUCGCAGUGUGCGUCCUGCUGAGUUUGAGAAGGUCAAGAUGUUCCUGGCGCACAUGGUCGACACUCUGGAUGUACGCUCUGAUGGCACCAGAGUAGCUGUGGUCAACUACGCCAGCACGGUCAAGAUUGAGUUCUUGCUCAAAGACCACUUCAAUAAACUGGAUCUGAAGAAAGCCAUCUCCCGCACUGAGCCUUUGGCAACUGGCACCAUGACUGGCCUCUCUAUUAAAAUUGCAAUGAAUGAAGCCUUCACAGAGCAGUCUGGAGCCCGACCUCACUCCAAGAACAUCGCCAAGGUGGCCAUCAUUGUGACGGACGGGAGACCUCAAGACCAGAUAGAAGAAGUAUCUUCAGCAGCCCGGGCCUCUGGCAUUGAGAUCUAUGCUGUCGGGGUGGACCGUGCCGACAUGCGCUCCCUGCAGCAGAUGGCCAGCAUCCCUCUGGAGGAUCACGUCUUUUAUGUGGAGACCUUCAGCGAUAUUGAGAAUCUCACCGCUAAGUUCAGGAGGACCCUGUGUGGUCUGGACCACUGUGCCAAGGGACAUGACUGUGAACACAUUUGUGUCAGCAGCAACAUCUCCUAUCACUGCAAGUGCCGGAAUGGUUAUGUCUUGAAUGUGGACAAGAAAACAUGUUCCCUAAAACAGGUGAAGGUGGCAGCGGUGGCUGAGGAUCCCUGUAAAUGUGAAGCCAGAGUGGCUUUCCAGAGGCAGACGCAGGUGGCCAUCCAGCAGCUCACAGCCACCCUUGCUGAUGUGUCACGAAGAAUAGAGCAUCUGGAGAACAUGAUGGGCCGGGUUUAAAGCUUGACACAGUGGUAAGUGCUGUCAGGUUUUUCAUGGGUGGUGGGUAGUAAAAGCCUCCAACCCACCUCAUACUUUGACCUCUUGUUUAUUUACAUUCUGCAGUGGCGGCUGACUAGUUUGCUUCCUGUCAAACCACGGACUACUGCAACAUGGGCAUCUGCUUCCUGACAUCCUCCUCCCACAGCCACAGAUUGAGUGAAGCUGGGGUUCAUAAACCAAUAUCUCUCAUGUUACAAGCUAAUGUGGAAAGUUAAGCAACUGUAUCUGAAGUCAA